UUGUAUUUUUGGUUGCCGGUUUGUUCGGGUUUAAGGUUCUCAGUUGUCUGUCGUCAGUGAAUACGAUUAAAAAGUUUUCAAUCCAAUAAUCUUGGAAGAGUUUCAACACCAUGUGGAGAAGUGCUGGAGCUGGUGUAGCAGGAGUUUCUAUAAUAUCUGCUGGGUUGUGUGCCUUCAACAGCCUGCGGCAUUCUAAUAGUGACACUUCCGUGACCUCUGCAUCAUCAUCAUGGUCACUUCGUGGAGAUUGCGGAAACAGAUUUGGUAGCUGGGCCACAGUAAAAGCUGCACCAUCUGCUUCUACACAAGCGGCGACUUCCACGGAGGGAUUACGAUUACACAAUGUCCAGCUCUUUGCGCGGCACGGAGCAAGAACACCACUUGCAAUAUCUCCACCAUUCACAGAGUAUGUGUGGAAUAAGGAAGAACUAGAUGAUCUUCCAAAAACAAUGAUUCCCGUGCUACUUGUCAGCACAGAAGGUGGCCCAAGACCAAAAUCCAGACACGAAGAGUUCUUCAAGACGGAACAAUUCAAGGGUGGUGCUUACAUUGGGCAGCUGACUAAACUGGGUCAAAGUCAAGGUUACACACUUGGCCAAAAGCUUCGAAAACGAUACGUAGAGGAAGUACCGUUUUUGAGUCCCACAUAUGAACCUGGAGAGAUCUAUGCCAGAUCAAGUAAUCUCAACAGAACAGCCUAUUCUCUAAGAUGUGUUUUGGCUGGACUACUGGACUACCCACGUAGAGAAAUUACUGACAUGGUUGAAAUCGAGAUAAGCCCAUCAAAAGAAGAGAAUUUAUACCCGAAUACCAACUUCUGCCCUGCUCUAAAUGCAAUGCAGACUGUAGGUACAGCUCCCAUGUUAGCUGACAUGUGUAUACCUGGUCACAGGAAGGAUAGAGAAACAGUAGCUAAGCUUAUUGGUAUUCCUGCUGAUCUUUUGAGCUUUAUCAAGUAUCGUGACUUGAUAUCCUGCGCCGAAUCGCACGGGAUGGAAAUCCCACCUGAUCUGAAAUGCUGGAGUGAGAAAAUCACCAGAUACGCAUCACAGAUGCUCACGUUUGUGUGUGGAGGGAUGCCUGAUCAGGGUGAUCUAGUACUACAGAUGGGCGUGGGACCUUUGCUCACCAUGGUUGCGAAGAAUGUAUUUAAAAGCUUGAGUCAUCAAAGAACAUAUAAGAUGCAAUUGUACUCAUGCCAUGAUACCACCAUACACGGACUGCUAAUAGCGCUUGGAAUACCGGAGGAUGGCUGGCCACCAUACUGCGCAGACCUAGCAAUCGAAACGUACGCCCGCCAAGACAAGGCUGCAUUCGUCCAAGUGAAAUACCUCGGCGAGGUUCAGAAGUUGCCAACGUGCAAGGACUCGCUGUGCACGAUAUCAGAGUUCAAGGAGACUGUGUCACGCUACUACGUCACAGCAGAGAAGUGGGACAAGCUGUGCGGUUCCAACCCAGAGUCGAGGAGCCAGGCUGCCCAGCAACCAUACGUGCGACCCACCGGUGUGUAGCCAUCGCUCAGGGCCUGCUCACCACCCAUGGAUAGGUGUUUAUAAGCUAAACUAGCAAUAGGCGGACAUCUCUUAUGAAGAGUGUCGGGCCUGUACAAGUACAGUGGAACAGGAGAUCCCUUUAGUUUCGAGGGGGGAAAAAUAAUGUCGAUGGUUUUCUCUAGGCUCGGGCACUUGUUACAGAUGCAUACAUGUACGCAGAUGCCAAUUUCAUCGUAAUAAUACACCUCUCAAGAUUGUCUGACUACACACAUUGUCACAUUGAUGCCAACGUUCCUUUUUGGGAUAAAUACUCGUCGAGUAUAUUGUAGUCCAAUUUUUAUUACAGCAUACUAAAAGUUAAUUUCAUGCAUGCAAACAGCCAUCAACCUAAUCUGCUCAAUUAGAAAUAAUUCAGGUUGGUCUGAUUGUUGUUAUUGUGAUAUUGUAAAGUACUUCACAGUUAAAACUGUAGUUGCAUUUAUGAGUGAAAUAUAUUUUAUUAUACAUGGUCGUAGGUAAUAGUCGGAACUUCAACUGGAAAAAUGUGAAAUUAUGGUCGCUAUGUAGCACAUUUACCAAAUAUGUUUGGCAGCAUGCAAUAUUUAAAAGCUCAUUUUCUCCAUUUUGAUUGUUGAAGAAAGGCAUGCUUUUUAAGCAUUUCGUUUUGCAGCAGUAUUGUCUAGUGGUAGGCAGGAGCAGCAUGAUACGUAAUUGUGUGAUAUUUAUUGUGAACAAUUUUUUAAAAUGUGCGGUGUUCAUUCAGUCAGAAAUGCAUAUACCUUCUAGUUCUACAGGUGGCGUAUGUGAUGAUACCUGCCAAACCUUCAUAUCUUAUUAGUGCAAGAGAGCUGUCUUGAGAAGAAAUACAAGUGAGAAAUUGCUACUAAAUUAUGGAGUAUCAUUUAAAAAGUGGUUUUAUGUAAAUAUCUCAAAUCCCCUGUAAAAUGACAGUCUAGAUGCAUUUAGUAAUUGUAUUCUUACUAAUCAUGUUUAUAAUGCCAUUGAUUACAGUUAAUUUUAACUUCACUAAGUAGUGAGACUCACUGUCAUUAGUCAGGUAGCUAACGAACUUCGUGCGUGUAGGAUGACGAGAGGAUCUUGUCUUGUGUGAUAAUUGUAUAAAUUAUUGUUCGUAAACCUGCA